AUGGUGAUAAAAGACUUUGAAAAACUCACGAGAUUUUGGUUAGAAAAUUACAUUGAAUUUCCAUCCUUGAAACAGUUGGAGAUAGAGCAAUGCCCUCAAUUCAAGGCAUUCCUCUUGACAAACAUAAGCACCGACUUAGAGGACAUUCCACCUUUCUUCAAUGAAAAGGUUGCAUUACCAAGCUUAGAGGAACUGGUAAUUUCUGGCAUGGAUAACUUGAAGAUGAUGUGGAACUACCAACUUUCUGAGCAUUCUUUUCAAAAACUAAAAUUAAUGAAAAUCAAGAACUGUGAUAACUUAUUGACUAUUUUUCCUUCUAAUAUCUGUGAAAGGUUUUGGCAGUUAGAAUCACUAACAGUUACUGCUGGUGGUUGAUUUAUGGAGAUAU